AUGCGACGGGUUGAGAUUCCCAUCGUCACGGCAGAAGGUGGGAACAUGAGCAAUGGAGCUGAAAAUCUGGGCUCGACUGCCAGAAACAGGAUGGCCAGAAAUGACUCCGGCGUCCCAGUUCCUAAUUACAGUGAUCGGAAUAGGCCACACUCCAGUCCUCCGCCCUUUGUGUAUGAAUCAGAUGAAGAUGAAAGUGGAAGGAUGGAGGUUUUCCACGCGUUAUUUGGGGAAAGAGUGAGAACGGGACCAUUUGGCUUAACCCUCUUCCCUUCACAGCCUCACUCUCAGAUGCAAAUUCUCAUUAUUGAUGGUGGAACUGCACAAGCAGUGAAUCCAAGGCUCCAACAAUUUGUUGGGGACUCCCCACCGAGGAUUAUGAACCAAUUGCAAAUGGGUUUCCCUCCUCACGAAGAGGAGCCAGGCCUGACUGAAGAAGAAUUCAAACGGGCCAUGACCAAGCUAAGGAAGCAUGUUUUCAGCCCAACGUACCCCAGGAAGAGAGCUUGGAAAAGAAGUCUGUUCAGCCGAAUCAGUGCCAGCCACAGCAAUCACGUGGAAGAAGAAGAAGAAGAAGAUGACGACAAGGGCAAGGAGUGUGCAAUCUGCUUAGAUGAAUUUGUCCCCAAUAAACUAGUGCUCCUCACUCCAUGCAAUCACAUGUUCCACCAGGAGUGCAUUGAACGGUGGGUGAAGGCCCAUGGUCAGUGCCCCAUCUGUAGGCUUGUACUUGUGGAGAGGAGGAGAGAGAAUGCAGUGAGGCAUAACAAUAACCACCACCACCACCCCAACAACAACAACAACAACAGAAAUGCAACCAUGGAACUCACUGCACUUGCAAGGAUUAUGGAGGAGGUUUUUGGCAGGCAUGAUGUCCGUCGCCACUAAAUUGUCCCUCACCACUACUGUCUCUCCAAAUAUGCCAUAUAUUAUAGCUAUUUUGUUGUUAAAUGGUCAUGCUUGGGACUUUUCCUCUAAAAAUUGACAAAAUGCAACAAUUGUCUUUGGUUUCCUAA